UGCCUGCCUGCCUGCCUGCCUGCCUGCAUUAGCUCAGCUCUGAAACACCCUCAGUCUGGGCUGGAGCGUGGAGUUGGGAGGAUGUGAGCUGCUGCGGCUCCCACAUUAAAAAGGAGAAGAGGCGGAAAGCAAAGCCAGCCAGAGAGAAAAAGAAAGAACGAAGCAACUCUUUAAAAGAAAGGAAAUCUUCCCUUCCCACCCCCACCCGCAGUUUCAAGGGACCACGAGUAGCAGAGAGAACAAGAGGGGGCGAAGAAGGAAGGAGACGCCUCGCUACAGUAGCAGCCGCCGCGGAAUUUUGGAAGGGGGGUUUAAUUUUUUAUUUUUUUAUUUUUUUAUUUUGCUUUGCCUCACACUACAUUAUCCCGCUUCCGGAGAUCGACCUUCUAUAUAAAAAUACACACGCACAUUAUUAUUUUCCUUUUAAGAAACAUUUUUUUUGGUGGACAUGGACAGAAAGGAGCUGACUUCCCCGACGCCAGACGCCUACGCCGCUGCUAUUUGGACAUCUUUCAAGACCCUCUGGUGCUAUUGACUCUCUUCAGCCCCCUUUCCACGUUGUUGCUACAGAUUUAUUAGCAAUUUUUUUUGAGGGGGGAGGGAGGGAGGUUGAUCGGUCGGUUGUGUGUGAGCCUCGUGUGUGUUUGUGUGAACUGAACUGAAGACUGCUGGCUUGAAUGGAGGUGGGAGGGCAAGCUACUCUUUGAGAAGGCAGUGCGCUUUUUCUUUUUAUAACUUUUUUCUCUCCCCCUCCCCGAAGAUAUAAAUAUUUCCCCUGGAUUGGCUCUUUUGCUCCAGUGCAUUUAGAACAACAACAAAGAACCCCAAACUUAUCGAGGGGGUGUUUGGAAAAGCGGACCAAAAGUAACCCACCGGGAGGAAACGUAUUUUUCUUUUUUUGCGGAAUAAUAUGAGAUUCUUGAGUGGCUUCCCUCUCUCCUCCGUCUUCAAUGGACAACAACAAAUUUAAGAAGAGCGGCGUUUCUCGCCUUUAAAGGAAAAGAAAAAUAGAAGCCUGGAAAAGAUUUUAAGCGAGGUUCGGUUUAGUUUUUUGCAUUGCCUUUGGUGAAAAACCUAGAAAGGAGGAGUUAUUUUCUUAUUGUUGUUAUUAUUUUUUAAAAAAGGAAUAAAAAGGCGGGAGACCACCACAAAAUAACCUAAAAUGGAGACUGUAAGGAGCAGCUUCCAGCCUCAUCCCGGCCUGCAGAAGACCUUGGAACAGUUUCAUCUGAGCUCCAUGAACUCGCUGGGUGGUCCAGCCGCCUUCUCUGCGCGCUGGGCGCAGGAGCUGCUGUACAAGCGGGAGAACGGCAAGGAGUCCUCGUCCUCGACGUCCUCCUCGGCGGAGCCUGUGCUCCACUUGCCGCCGAUCCAGCCGCCGGCGGUGAUGCCGGGACCCUUCUUCAUGCCCUCAGACCGUUCGACCGAACGCUGCGAGACCGUCCUGGAGGGCGAGACCAUCUCGUGCUUCGUGGUGGGCGGCGAGAAGCGCCUCUGCCUGCCGCAGAUCCUCAACUCCGUCCUGCGCGACUUCUCGCUGCAGCAGAUCAACGCAGUGUGCGACGAGCUCCACAUCUACUGCUCCCGCUGCACGGCGGACCAGCUGGAGAUCCUCAAAGUCAUGGGCAUCCUGCCCUUCUCGGCGCCCUCCUGCGGGCUCAUCACCAAGACGGACGCCGAGAGGCUUUGCAACGCCUUGCUCUACGGAGGCGCCUACCCGCCGGGGCGCUGCAAGAAGGAGUUCUCCGGGAGCCACCACGGGGCCGCGCUCGAGCUGGAACUGACCGAGCGGAGCUUCAAGGUAUACCACGAGUGCUUCGGGAAAUGCAAGGGGCUCCUGGUGCCAGAGCUGUAUAGCAGCCCUGGCGCGGCAUGCAUCCAGUGCCUCGAUUGCCGGCUCAUGUACCCGCCGCACAAGUUUGUCAUCCACUCGCACAAGUCCCUGGAGAACCGGACUUGCCACUGGGGCUUCGACUCGGCCAACUGGCGAGCCUACAUCCUCCUCAGCCAGGAUUACUCCGGCAAAGAAGAGAAAGCCAGACUGGGCCAGUGCUUGGACGAGAUGAAGGAGAAGUUCGACUACAGCAACCGAUACAAGAGGAAAGCACCCAGGGUACCAUCUGAUCCUCCUGCCCCCAAGAAACCCAAAAUAGAUGACUCCUUGCAGUCUCCAAUAAUUGGUGACAAAGAGAAACAGUCUAGUUGGUUACGGUCCUUGUCCAAUUCAUCCAGCAAGCAGAGUAUUGGUUGCAUGCAUCCACGACAGCGGCUCUCUGCCUUCCGGCCCUGGUCCCCCGCCGUUUCAGCAAACGAAAAAGACCUCCCAAACCACAUCCCUGCUUUGAUCAGAGACAGUUUGUAUUCAUACAAAAGUUUUGAGAAUGCCGUGGCCCCCAACGUGGCCCUUGCACCACCCCCGCCUCAGCCAAAGAUCGUAAGCAACCCCCCAUGUGCCCCAGCAGCGACACGGAGCAGUGAGCCGUUGAACAGCCCCUCCCAGCCAAGGAAAAGGAAACAUGUCGCCGAAAACCCAACCAUUCCUGAACCUACGCCAACCGCUGCUGUAGCCGCUGUCCCUGCUGCAGAAGAAGAAAAGGAGUCGGAAGCAGAAAUCGAAGUAGAGACUCGAGAAGAAUGUAAGUUCACCUCCUCUCUGUCCUCACUCUCCUCCCCAUCCUUCGCUUCUUCGAGCUCAGCCAAGGACAUGAGCUCGCCCAGCAUGCAAGCCCCGCCCACUACUAGCAACGUCUUUGAAGUCGCCAGCCACGCUGAGCCUCAGAGUGGCACCAGUGGUUUGGAGGCUGAGCUGGAGCACCUCAGGCAGGCCCUGGACAGUGGCCUGGACACGAAAGAAGCCAAAGAGAAAUUCCUCCACGAAGUUGUAAAGAUGAGAGUGAAGCAGGAAGAAAAACUGAAUGCUGCCUUGCAGGCCAAACGCAGCCUACACCAGGAGCUUGAGUUUCUACGUGUGGCGAAGAAGGAGAAGCUAAGAGAGGCAACAGAAGCCAAGCGCAACUUAAGGAAGGAGAUUGAGCGCCUCCGAGCUGAGAACGAAAAGAAAAUGAAGGAGGCCAAUGAAUCACGGAUACGGCUAAAGCGGGAACUGGAGCAAGCCAGACAAGUCCGGGUAUGCGACAAGGGGUGUGAAGCAGGCAGGCUGAGAGCCAAAUACUCCGCCCAGAUUGAAGACCUGCAGGUGAAGCUCCAGCAUGCAGAGGCGGACAGAGAACAGCUGCGUGCUGAUCUGUUGCGUGAGAGGGAAGCACGGGAACACUUAGAAAAGGUUGUCAAGGAACUUCAGGAGCAACUGUGGCCUAAACAGAGUGAUCUGCCCGGCAGUGAACACACAAUGAAAGAUAUGGACAACUAGGCCAGCGAUGAAGAACGUAAUGACAUGGGGUCUAAUUUGUAGGCCAGACUGACAAUAAAAUAAAAUAAAAUAAUAUGCACAGUGAGGGAGAGAGUGUGUGGGAGAGGCGCUGGGCAAGGGUCCGUGCCCUGGCGUGUGCUGGUAAACAUGGACUUUGUUAUUCAUUGGAGGGCAAAUGUUACUCUUUAUAACAGAAGCACUGAAUUCCGCCUCUUUUUUCAAUCCAUAUAGCACAACAUCUUCCUGUGCCUAUAACAUGAAGAGUGUUUAUAACCUAAACUACUUUUUGAGUCUGCAGCAAAAAAAAAAAAUAUACCGUCUGGCGAGCAGCAUCCAUGUGAAAUCAAAGACAAGGAAAGAGGGCUGCUUUCUGGGAACACUUUGGAAUCAUGAAAAAAACAAAACCCUUUUGUUAUAAGCUAUUUAAGAACACAAAACAAUUGAGUCAUGAAGACAUGGUAUUAUAACCAUUAACAAGAUUUUUUAAAUAUAUAUAUAUAUAUAUAUAUAUAUAUAUAUAAACAGGGAGGGGGGAAAUACUUUCAAUGCCUGAUUUGUAAUGACAAAUUGUUACAGAUGUUGGGUUCUUUCUUAGAGAAGGUCGUCAGAAAAAGCCCAAUAAUAAGCCAUGACCGUUUCAAUCCAAGGGAUUUCUAUGUGAAUUUCAAAUUUAGGUUUUUUUCCUAGUUUAACAUUUUUGUUUUCCCCAUGCUUGAACCAAGAAGAGGAAAGUCAGUGGAGGGGAAAGGGGGGUAGUUUGUAUGUUUCAGUGGGGUGUAGGAGUGGAACUAUAUCCUAAAUGAACCCAGCCUUAUUAAAAUUCAGUGUUUGUAAAUCACGCCAUAACUUUUUUUAUAUAUAAAUAUAUGUCUGUUAUUAACUGAUGUGUUUUAAAGACUCACUCCAACGCCAGAGCACUUCAAUUAUGAGAAACGGAUAGAAGAAUAUAUAAAGAGAGCAAGAAACACAGAGAAAACACAAGACAAAAGUCGGCUGAAACAUGAAGUUGCUUGUGAAAGAUAAGUGGGAAAAAACAGAGAGUGGCAUGCCUGCUUGGAAACCCUUCCGUUUUCCCAGAGAACUCAUCCCCAUGUUAUCAUCACCUCAGAAAUUUCAGUAUUUUAUUGACUUGCCCAGGAUCACGUGUAAGGAUUUCAGUGUGGCCCACAGAGAGUGCUCAACAUUGUAUUAAAGAGACAAAAAAGAGGACUUUUGCUGCUGUGAAUAAGCCUACAUUUCUUAUUCUUUAGGGGGUUUUUUGUCUUUUGUUUUUAAUGUGACAAAUACUUUAAUAUUGGGAUCUGUGCCGCAAUUUCUUUCCUUCCCACUGGAUAUUAAAAUAUGCAGCAAGUAAACACACUCAGGGCAAAAAUCCUAUCCCCAGUGGGAGUUUUGCUUCUUCUACCUGAUUGGGGCCAACACUUAGUACCCACUGGAUUUUGUUUUCCUCUUGAAAAGCAUUAUUUUUUUAAAGAACUACAGUUUUCGUUAUUAUUUCCUCCACCUUUAUUGCACCCCUUAUGAUUUAACCAACUGUCCACUGUGUUAGCAAUCAAAUCUCCAGGACCUACCCCUCUCUUUUGAGAAUAAGGCGGGUAGGAAAUGUUACGGAACUGCAAUUGUUAGAGCUCAGUGUCAAUAUAAGAAGCAUAGGCUCAGAUUUCCUACCUUUGCUCUCUGGCAAUCAAGCACAUCACGUGUUUCUUGAUUCAUGGUUGCUUGAGAUCGGUGUCACACAAGCGUUCCAACAUGGACUUCAGGGAUCCCAUCCUAUCAGCAACAGGGCUAUGGCAGCUGGUCGUGGCUAAACUGCCCCAGUUCAGGAAUGAGCAAUAUUUUGAUUCGUUCUUCCCUGCCAAUACAGAGGUAUUGAUUAUGUCUUUUUAUUUUUUAUUUUUACAGUCACUUCACAUGAAUGGUAAGCAAACCGUUUACUAAGGGCGACAGUUUACUAAAAUCCUUAACUGGGGGGGAAAGCCAUCCCAAAUUCACAGAUUCUCUCUCCAAAUUGCGUUCUGAAACACUGAAGAGAACUCUGCAAUUCAAUCCUUUUCCUGUAACCUAAAUGCGGCUGUCUGUCCUAAAAUUAAAGUAUUGACUUUACAGUACACUAGGGGGGAAAUAAAAGUUGUAUUAAAAAUAAAGCUGUUAUUAUCCAUUCUAAUAGCCAUUGUAAGCAUGAACAUUGAAAAAGGAAGAAGUAAAGUGCAUUUUAGUGGGGGUGGGGGUAGGGGUUGGUACAGGAAAUUUUUUUAAAAGGAAGCUAUAUUAGAAAAAUCAGGUGACUUAGAAUUGAAAUAUGGGGAGCAAGAAAGCAACAAAUAUAUACGGACUAAUUUGCAUGAUACGAAGUUGUCUGCGUUUGAGGUCUUGCCCAUAAUCGUAUCCAAUGAGUGGAAUCUGCUCUCCCAUCUUAAAGUGCAAUGCAAACGGAAUAUUGAUUGUGUUUAUGCAGUUAUUUUUUUAAUAUGGGGAUUUUAAAAUAAUUUUUUUGCUUUGUAUGUUUUUUUCUGCAGUUAUUAAAAAAACCAUAUGCAUGGAAUUAAAAUCUUUGCCAUACAUAUAUAUUAAUUAAUGGGCAUUAUCGCUGUCUUAACGUAAAGGUGCAUAACUUUUUUGUUUUGUUUUGUUUUGUUCUCAGUCGUAUAAAUUUCCAAGAUCUAUAAUGCUUUUUUGUUAAGUUUGCAGUUAUUUCCUUCAAGAGGCAACAAAAUUACGUAGAUGUGAUGCACAGCUGUCUUCAGUGGCUCAAACCUACACUUGGCGAUUCAGUUUCACUCUUGGGACAAGCUGCAGCUCACUGCUUGUCCCUCUCCCCUCUCCCCACCCCGGCCAGCCACCCCUCCUUUCAGCAGCGAGAGGUGUUGCAAACCCUAAUUCUGGGAAUACAGGGGUCAUUCUACAAGACGAUAAAGACAAACCAGUUUCUGUGAAAGCAGCUUGCCCUCCAAUACUGAUCUUCCUCUAUGCCCUCCAGCUGUUGUUGCACUUCAGCUGCCAUUGACUCCACCCUGCAUGGCCUAUGGCCAGGGAUGAUGGGAGCUGUAGUCCCAAUGACAAACAGAGGGGCCUUAAACCACAGCAGCCACAACCCAUGUUUAUGACACACACUUAAUUCACGCUGACUGACAGAGGCACAGCUUGGUCUUGCUAGCAAACUUGGGGGCACAUUCUAGGACAUUCCCUAUAAUCUUCUAUGGAGUGAAAUUGGGUGCGUUGACCAACAGGUCAGCGUGAAAGGUACAAACCCUAAAAAACAUUGCCAGAUUCAUUGAAGCAUUCACAAAGAUUCAGAGAAGCCCACUGCGCCACAUGACAGCCAUUGCCCCUUUUCCCUCUUCAUGAGAGAGUGUAAAUGUUCCAAACCUUGAGGCUAGGCUACAGCAGCUGGCACAAAGCUAUUCCUGUCAAAACAAACAGGAAAGGCAUUGGGAACCCACAGCCUGGGCACAUACUCAUUCUUCAGAAGUCUCUGCUACCACUUCCAAUUGUAGUACUAACCCAAAUGCAAAAUGCUGAAGUUUGUAUCAUGUCUCAUCUUUUUGAUAUGGGCACACAACUUCAGUGCAAGCUUGUCUUUUUGCUCCCAGCCCACCAAGAGAAAAGGAGCUGUAUUUAUCAAACAGGAAAAAGAUAAUCUGCACCAACCACACAGAACUCUGUGUAGUCUUCUGCAACAGCUUAAAACAGAAGGAAGGAAAGGUCCCGUGAUUUAAACUGCGUCUGUCCAUCAGAAUUUCACUCUUGCAUCCUUCUCUGUAAUGGCACAGGGCCUGCAAUCCUGCUGAUUUAAGGGACGUUCCACAUACUAUGCAAAGGCAAGCUCAACUUUGCUGCUGAAUUAUAUACAGUACUCCACAAGAAGCUGCAACCAUCCAUAACUCCCUGUGAAAUGUAUGCUUAUAACACUAUAAGCAGCUUUAAAAUUGUGUUUCUUGCAUUCAUACUUUAUCUUAUGUAGGUAUGCACAUAAAACUACUUAAGGUGUCAAGUAUUAAUAUCAACAAAUGCUGUGUUUCUAACACCUUGAUCCUGGUCUGAUUUUUACUGAAACCCUUGAUGAAAUAAUUGCAAUUUGUACAGCUGUGCCACAUAAUGAUCACUCUUGAAACAUCUAUCUGCCAGUGUUUUAAGAUUUGACUGUCUAGUAAGUGUUGAAACAGGGUGGGGGGGAUCUUUGUGACAUAAGGCGGAUAGAGGCAAAACAACAAAAUCUCAUUAGGUGAGUGAAGAAUCAUUUUUUAAAGACACCUUUGUCAGAUCCAGAUUUAAGCCAUGACACAUGUCAUUUGGAUUUGGAUUGGGACUUAGUUCACUAAAUAUGGUGCAAUCCUGUGCAUGUCUACUCAGAAGUAAGUCCUAUUAAGUUCAGUAGAACUUAACCAUAGGUAAGUUGGAUUAUAGCUCAAGUCUGUAUCCAACAUCUGAAGGAAGCAUGUGAAUCCAUGUGGAUUUGAUAGCAUCUUUUCAGCCAUGCGUCUAAAGUCCUGUUUAAAGGAUUUCCAAGUCAGACAAUAAAAGGGUAACAGAAAAUUCAGCCAUAUCACAGCUGUUUGGGACUUUUCCCACCUCAGGCUCUUGCCAUCAGUUAACAAAUACAAUCUACCAAGAAUAAUUUCUGCUCAAGCGUCAUUGCAACAAAUGGGGCUUACCUUGGAAAUGUUCCUAGCCCACUGUGUAAAAAUAUAUAUUCUCAACACUGCAGCAUGGUCUCUAGUAUUCCAGAUCAGUAGCCGAGGUCUGAGGAAAGCUAUAUGUAGAAAACACAGAGUUAAGGUAAUUAAAACAAAAACCAAUCCAAACUCGAGGCUCCCAAUCAAUACAUGAGAGUUCUGGGUGAACAAGGGCUCCCCCCCCCCCGCCCAAACCAUGCAUCUCUGACAUUGGUUUAUAUCCAGUGUUACAUCAGAACAGCGGUCCAUGAAUUUUAAUGGGUUCUUCCGAAUGGAAAGUUGGGCACAACCCAUUGAAGUGAAUGGGGAAACAGCUGCCUAUGCAACAUUAUUUUGUUCACAGCAGAGCCCCUACUCCAAAGUGCAGAGGGGCUGGUCAGGGAAGAGAAACUGCAUUAUCAAUUCUGUAGAAUAUAAUGUUCUUGUUUUGCUAACUUAAGCUAGUUAUAGCUAUGAUCCUUUUACUGAAACAGAAUUCGCAAAUUGUAAUUCCGUUUCCUUUAAGAUGUUUUCUCCAAAAGGGGGAGAAGAAGUGUUUUAUUACAUCGGCUGUCAGUUCUCCAAAUACAUCAAAUAUAUAUAGAUAUAUAGAUAUAUAUAAUCUAGGUAAUUGUAUAUUCAGUUUAAUUCACUUUUUUAUAAAAGAUAUUCAAAUAAGACUUUAACGAAGGGGGGGAGGGCAGGUGAAGAAUACCAACAGCAAUAAGACAUUUAUAUCUAUGAACAAGCUAACAGAAUAAUAAUCUUGCUUUUUUCCAACAGAACUAGCCAAUGUAAAAAAAAAUUAAUUUGUAAAUACUUUUUUUCAUUUUGCAGUUGUAUAAUACGUGUAUAUGGUGGUGUUUACUUUUUCAAAACCUUUUUCUUACUUAGUUGUUUUAAGAGUUGUGUUUUUAAAACCAAGGAAAUUUGUUAGGGGGAAAAAACAACCAUAAAGAAACUUUUUUUUCUUAUAAAAAAAAUCAGUGUCAGUUCAACUUCCCAUUAUUUGCAUAUUUUUGUCAUUCAUUGUGAACUGUUUUAUUAGUAAAAGCAAAGAAAAUUGACAUUUAUUCUCCUCACAUCCCCAAGCAGUCUCUGUGUUAUAGAGAGGUCUUUUAAAGCAAAGAAGAGUACUAAGGAGCAAGUUUUUAAUUGAGGGGGUAACGGCGCAAGUUUAUUAAUAGACAAAAUCUUUACAGCAUUUUUUUGUUACUUCCCUGUCCUCCAGCUGCUGCUGCUGCUAACUAUUUUAUGACUUACUCUCCUAUUCUAGAACUAUUUUAUGUAAUUAAAUAUGCUUUCUUGUUUAUAAAUGCCUGAUUUACAAAAAGGAAAAAAAAAGCGUGGGGUAUUUAUCUAUUUCUCUGUGUAACUUGAUAGUCCUUUUCAAACACCCCCCCAAUCCCUUUUCCAACCUGGAAACAGAUAAUAUUGUAAAAUAAAGGACUUUAUC